UCCCUUUUCCAGGUGGACCUAAACGAAAUCAGUGAGGAUUUUAUAGACCCUGGACUGGAUUUAGAAGCUGCACUGAAGGAAUCCUCCGCUGCACUGGACCUUUUUCUAAACAACAGGUUUUCUGAUGCUUUGGCUCUGUUAAAACCCAGGAAGAAUCAGAGCAUGUACCACGCCAUGGGCUACACCAGCAUCUUGGUGAUGCAGGCAGGCAUGACCUUCGACCCAAAGGACAUGGAUAAUGCCAUGGCAUCUCUGAGGGAAUCCCUGGAGACAUGCCAAAAGUUUCGGAAGAAGACUGGAAUAGUGGAAGCUUUAACCAGCCUCUUGUACAGACAACCAGCUGACAACCUGACAGAAGAGGAGAUGCAUGCAGAGCUGUGCUAUGCCGAAGUUCUGCUGCAGAAAGCUGCCCUCACAUUCCUGGAUGAGAGUAUAAUCGGAUUCAUCAAAGGAGGGAUGAGAAUCCGAAACAGUUAUCAGAUAUACAAGGAUUGCCAAGCCAUGGCCAGUACCACAAAAGGCAUGGAAAAUCCAAGUAGCACCCACAUUCAUUUCAGAGGCGGUGUGAACAUGGGCAUAGGGUCCUUUAAUCUGAUGCUGUCUCUGCUCCCAUCCAAAGUCCUCAGACUGAUGGAGUUUUUGGGUUUCUCUGGGGACAGGGAAUUGGGUUUGUCAGAGUUGAGAGAGGGAGCGGCCGGCGACAGUCUGCGCUCCAUCCUCAGCACCCUGACUCUGCUGAUGUUUCAUCUCUACAUCACAGUGAUUCUGGGCACUGGUGAAGGAAACCUUACUGAGGCUGAAUCUCUUCUGGAGCCCUACAUUGACAGGUUUCCAAAUGGAGCCCUCAUUCUCUUCUACACUGGGAGAAUUGCUUUGCUGAAAGGAAACUUCACAUUUGCCCAGGAGAAGUACCUGGCGUGUAUCGGAGCACAGCAGGAGUGGCGUCAGAUUCACCACCUUUGCUACUGGGAGCUGAUGUGGGCCUACACCUUUGAACUAAAAUGGAGGGAGGCGUAUCAAUACGCUGACCUGCUCUGCAAAGAGAGCAAGUGGUCCCAGGCCGUCUAUACCUUCCAGAAAGCGGCCAUCUUGAGCAUGAUGCCAGAGGAGGAAGUGACAGGACUGGGAGAAAAUGUGGAGGACUUAUUCAGGCAGGUGGAUGGUCUCAGACUGAGGAUUGCUGGGAAGUCGAUUCCAACAGAGAAGUUUGCGGCAAACAAGGCGCAGCGGUACUUUUCUUCUGACCCACAGAAACUAGUUGUGCCUGCUUUGGAAAUGAUGUACGUAUGGAAUGGAUUCACAGUAGUUGGCAAAAGACCUGAGUUGACUAAAAGCAUCUUGACCGUCUUGGAGAAAGCAGAGGAGCAGCUCAGAGAUGAUCCUAACCCAUCAGUGUAUCACCUGGAUAACCAGUGUGUUGUGCAGCUGCUGAAGGGUCUCUGUCUCAGAGAGCUCGAGCAUCUGGUCCAGGCCGAGCUCUGCUUCAAUCAUGUCAUUUCAAGACNGCUGGGCCUGUUGCACAAGCAAAAAGGUGACACCAACACAGCCAUCAAUUUGAUGGAAGACAUCAAAAUGAACUACAAAGACUACCACAUGGAGUCCAGGCUACACUUCCGCAUCCAUGCAGCGCUCAACACCAUGGGAUCUUUUGCAGCCAAACUUCCCCCUUCACGUACUCCGGCUUAAGAGACCACAUGACGGGAAGCUUGACAAUGGCGAAAGAAAAAGCAUAAAUAAAACAAAGUCUCUGUUUGAACUCUGUGACUGUACUGGAAAAAGUAUCCAGGUGGGCUUCUUGCUGUUGCCCCCAUGAUGAGGGCAUGCAUCCAAACUCGCAGUUGCAACCCUGGGUAGUAUGGUAAUAUUUUUGUAAUUAUUUGUAGUGCUUCUAGAGCAGGAACAGUUAAGCGGACUCAGUAAUCGACUUGUAUAAAUGACUUGAAGAUGACUAUUAUUCCUGUUGAAUGACGCUAUACCAUGUCAGAAUGAAGGGUGAAGAAUGCUAUAGAACAGGAGUGUCAAACUCAAGGCCCGGGGGCCAAAUCUGGCCCGUGACUUCAUUUUCUGUGGCCCCACAAGAGC